UCCUCCCUCCUGUCUCCGACGGGAGAGCGCGCGUCACGUGGGGCAGAGCGACACUGUACAGGCAACAGGCGGAAGCACUUUCGGCUUUGCGUGCAUCAAGGUUGUACCGAACCUCUGCACAGAUGGGAUGGGGCUAAAACGAUGAACGGAUUGAACGUGACCGAUCGAUGCAUGUCGACAGGUUGUAUAAUUCAAGCUAGCUAAAAGGUGGUGGUUUUACAUUGCCUUGGACGCGGCCGAGUGUGGAGCGUCUGAAGCAAUCGAGGCUUGUGUCCGCCAGACAGGUGUGCGCGCCGCCCUGCCUGCCUGGGCGGCGGGCAGCUCGUUCAACAACAACAACACCGCCGCCGCCUCCUACACGCACACCUUGAUGUUCGCCGACCGAAGGCUACGACUUACAUGGAGCUUCACACGCUGAGGGCCGUGCUGGCAGCUUGUGUGGUGGCAGGAUUAUCAACAUUUGCACUGGCAGAUGGUACAGUGUCACCCAAUCCAUGUCCAGCUGGGUCAAGUGAGCGAUCUGGUGAUUGUUCAGAGGUCAGACUCGACAAGGGAGAACAACACUUUGGGGAAUGUCAAGGGAAUGACAAGCACUACUGCAUCUACGGAGAGUGCCGCUUUCUUAUCAAGUUAAACACUCCCACCUGCAUAUGCCAUUUUGGCCACUCAGGAACACGGUGUGAGGAAGUUGGCUACAUUUAUCAGAAGGACACAGAAGGUCAGAAAACGGCCAUUGUGGUGUCUGCCGUAGUGGUGACGAUCAUCAUCGUCGCAAUUCUUCUCUGCAUUUGCUUCUGGAGAAAUAUAAAAAAGGUUUGUAGGCGGUCACGUGUCAAUCAAACCAGUGAAGAAAUGACCACCAUGAAUGAAGGAAAGCCCACACAGAGGUACAAAGAAAAUGGAAACAGUGGCACCGUGUGAACAAACGCUCCAUUAAUAUUCUGCAUGUGACACGUUCUGCUUGUUAAUAUUUAAGGUAUCAUCGUAGCUACCGACUAGCAGAGCGCUUGGUAAGCAUGGGCGCGUGGGUGACAGGUGUAUGGAGGGCAGGGAUUACAUACAGUAAUUUGCUUCAGUCAGAGCAGUGUCCCCACGUUGUAAUUUAAGUGUUGAGUUCUCAGAAGUUACCAUUGAGGUAUGACUGCACUGAACUUGGCGAAAAGCCAAACCUAUCAUUCAAGUUGGAACAAAAAAAUGCAAAUAUGCUUUUCACCAAAGCUAAUCACAUGCUUGAAACGUCAGUACAAUUAAUUAAGCAAUGACCCUUAAGCUAGUCCUUUGUACAUAAAUGAACAUUACGUGAUGUACAAAGUAUUUGUCGCAACCAUUACAGUGUUUUAGGUAUACUAUAUUAUAUGAACAAUAUUUAAAGUGUCUUUAUUAUUUUUACAUUAGUGUGUAUCUUGAUUUUUUUAUUUACAUGUUUAUUUGUAUCGGUGACGAGUGCAUGAGGUGUCAGUAAUUAUAUAGAACUAGCCUUUUUCCCGUCCAAGGACGGGUGUAUUGCAUUAAAUUUGAAAGUUGCAAGCGAAAAGCAGACCGCGACGUGAUAUUCAGUGCAUUAAUGCGUGUGCAAUUUGUAAGGGUGCGGUGACCCAGACCUAUGUAAUUUGAAGGUUAUAAUCCCUUGUUCAUCAUGACGUCCUUUUUACUUUGAUGUCUCAAUAGCGUUACGGAGAUCGCGUGAACGUGAGGGUUCUGCCUUUGUAGCGAGGGUUGUAAGUUGACGCCGAGGAGGGGGGAGGAGGCGCCUUGGCCCCCCAUGUGGAAUAUCGUCAGCCACUAAUUAUUAUGAAUGGGGGGAAGGUGUCCAUUUGGAAGACGUCACCUGCUCAUGAUUAUUCAUGAG